UCAACUGCGUCAUGAGCUGGAAAAUGUGGCUAUGCUACAAUGUCAUGUGGUUGUUCUUGCUGUUGAGGUGUCCACAAAUUGGGUCAUACAAUGUACCAAGCGUGAAUUUAGAGAUGCUGGACGAAGGCGGCUUUGAGGUGUCACUACCAGAUGAACCGGGCAUGCAACGUGUCUUCUACUUGCUGCAAGUGGAUGAAAACUGUCCGGCAUUGAUGGACUACAUAACGCGAGCCACAAAUGGCAGUUGGAUCAGUAAACAGCGUACCAGCCUGCAAAACAAUGACAAGCUGCAAAUUUCAGUGCUGGUGCAAUACAACGAUGUCAUCUAUGAGAAAAGCGAGACACGGGUGAUACUCAAUAAGCGUGUAUUGUCCACCCGACAAACCGUUUCACGCAGCAUAGACUACCUCACCAGUCAGGACCAGUGUCAGGCAGUUCUCUCGAAUGAUCAACAGACAAUGUCCUGCAGGUCGGCACAGAGUACUGUCAACAGCAACCGAGUCAUCUGUCAGGGUGAACUGAUCUUCGAGGAUAACUUCGAUGGGACACAGUUGAAUGACAGUGUUUGGACUCACGAUGUACGGCAACGCUUGUAUCAUGCAGAUGAAGAGCUUGUGGCCUUUGAUGAUGCUCCACGAAACUCCUACGUUAGGGAUGGACGUCUAUAUAUUGUGCCCGUGGUGGCCAGCGAUGUGACGAAAGGUGCCUUUCGACUUGGCGAUCGCUGCACGGCCGUGGACAGUCCCGACGUCGAGUGCAACAUUGGCCAGGGUAGCUUCUACAAGAUCAAGCCUCCAGUCUAUUCUGCUCAAUUGCACACUCGCAAUUCCUUUAGCUUCAAAUAUGGCAAAGUUGUAGUACGCGCCAAGUUACCAAAAGGCGAUUGGUUGUUUCCAUAUGUCAUGCUGCAGCCAGUUUCAACGCAUGCGGAAACGCAUUAUGCCAAUCAGAUCCGCAUUGCUUAUGCUCGUGGUAAUGCUAACUUGCGUAGUAAUAAGCAGGUGGACAUUUCGGGUAACCGAUUAUAUGGCGGCAUGAUUGUUUGGGAACAUGGAAGAGCGCAGCAAUUUAUAAAGGAUCAACUGAGUAAGACCCAUUAUGGCGAUGAAUUUCACAAUUACACAAUGGUCUGGCAACGGGAUAAAAUAACGUUAAUGGUCGACGACGAGGUUUACGGAGAGCUUUACGAUGGUUUGCCGUUUUUUAAUGAAAAGUGUUUUCUGAUUUUCGGCGUUACUGUGGGAGGAUUUCUCAAUUUUGAUGAUAGUAUUCUGGCCAAGGACGUUAAGCCUUACAGGAAUCGGGAACCGAGAGCCGCUCUUUCGUUUUGGCAACAGCGUGAUUCUUGGUCGUCAACUUGGGGCAAACACAGCGCUAUGAUUAUCGAUUAUGUACGAAUUUAUGCAGAGUAAACAAGCACUUGUAUUGUGAUAGAAUAAAUGUAAGUGAUCGCACGGUAAUGCUUUAAUUGGAUUAUUUAUAAUUAUAAUUGUAUUUUGUUUUUUCAAUUAAUGUUUUGAAUCUACUAAAUAAACGAAAACAGAAAAA